UCUUAUCUUUCAAUCCAUACUGAUUCACUCACUCCACCCGUACCAAAGGCUUUCAACAACUACAAAAUCACCCUUUGGCGCCAUCCAUCUACGUCUUCUUCUCUUUUUUCAUGGGUCAUUUUUGAGGUCAAAACACUUUACUAUGGCCAUGGCUGCUCGUUCUACAUGUUUAUCUAUCAGAGAUGACAGUGUUGGUAGUGCUUGUGUGAGGUCUGGUCUGGGAAAUAGUUACCGGUUUCACCAGAAAAAGGCACUUCAUUUUCGUGUUGUUGUGAAGCUCUGGCCUACUAGUAAAAAGUCCAGAUACUUGCAUCUGAAAACUUCUGGUAGAGAUUUUUGUGGUCUGAGGUCAAAAUGGUCAAGGGUUUUACUUAGCAGAAGAGAGGAGAUUUCUUCAUCACUUUCCAUGAGUAGUGCUAAUAAAGCUGAGAUGAGACAAGUGAUGAAUUCUCUGGUUGAAAAUCUAUCUCAUGGUCUUAAAGAAUGGAGUCAGUUACAUUUGAUGAAAUUAAUUGGUUUAUUGGCAUGCACUUUCAUGCUCGUUCCUUCAGCCAAUGCUGUUGAUGCUCUCAAAACAUGUUCUUGCUUAUUGAAGGAAUGCAGGGUAGAACUUGCAAAGUGCAUUGCAAACCCAUCUUGUGCUGCCAAUGUUGCUUGUCUUCAAACUUGCAACAAUAGACCUGAUGAGACUGAAUGCCAGAUUAAAUGUGGUGACUUGUUCGAAAACAGUGUUGUAGAUGAAUUUAACGAAUGUGCAGUAUCAAGAAAGAAGUGUGUGCCCAGGAAAUCUGAUGUUGGCGAAUUUCCUGUUCCUGAUCCUGCUGUUCUUGUUCAAAGCUUUGAUAUUGCAAAGUUUGAUGGAAAGUGGUUCAUUUCAAGUGGCUUGAAUCCUACCUUUGAUACUUUUGAUUGCCAAUUGCAUGAAUUCCACAAAGAAUCAGACAAACUUGUUGGGAAUUUAACGUGGAGAAUAAAAACUCCAGAUGGCGGCUUCUUCACUCGAUCAGCUACACAGAGAUUUGUUCAAGAUCCUCAGCAGCCUGGAAUACUAUACAAUCAUGGCAAUGAGUAUCUUCACUAUCAAGAUGACUGGUACAUUCUGUCAUCCAAGAUAGAAAACACACCAGAUGAUUACAUAUUUGUAUACUACCGUGGCCGAAAUGAUGCAUGGGAUGGCUAUGGUGGUGCUGUUAUAUACACAAGAAGUUCAACUUUGCCAGAAAGUAUUGUUCCUGAACUUGAAAGGGCUGCUAAAAGUGUUGGCCGGGACUUGAGCACAUUUAUCAGAACAGAUAAUACUUGUGGACCUGAGCCUCCUCUAGUAGAGAGGCUAGAGAAGAAAAUAGAAGAAGGGGAAAGGACUAUUGUAGAGGAAGUUGAACAAAUAGAAGGUGAAGUAGAGAAGGUGGGAAGAACUGAGUUGACAUUAUUUCAGAAGUUAACCGAGGGUUUUAAAUUGCUUCAACAAGAUGAGGAGAAUUUCAUAAAAAGCCUAAGCAAAGAAGAGUCUGAAGUACUAGAACAGCUGAAAAUGGAAGCAACUGAGGUAGAAAAACUUUUCGGACGAGCACUGCCUAUCAGGAAGCUCAGAUAACUGAAAAGAAAAAAAGAUGACAUUGUGAAUUGCACCAAAUUCUUACACUCCAAUUUUUUGGAGAAUGUAAGCUAAUACUACAUAUUUAUUACAAGUUUCUAAAGAAGAUAUAUAACAGUCAAUUCUUUUGUAUCA